AUGACGGUUCCGGUCACCACGAACGGCAUCAACGGCGUGAGUGGAAAGCACAAUGUCAAGACGUCACACCCGAAUCCUUCCCUGCAGGUGACCGCCGACCAUCAGAUCAAGAUGGUCGAGGCACCUGUCGAGGAGCCAGGCCCCGGCGACGUUCUGUUGCACAUCAAGGCGACCGGUAUCUGCGGAUCCGAUAUUCACUUUUGGAAAGCGGGAAGAAUCGGGUCAUUGGUUGUCGAAGGUGAUUGUAUUCUCGGACACGAGGGGGCCGGUGUAGUGUUGAAGUGUGGCGAGGGCGUGACAGACUUGAAGCCAGGCGACAGGGUUGCAGUAGAGCCCGGUGUGCCCUGCGAAAAGUGCUUCCUAUGUCGCGAAGGUAGAUACAACCUUUGCGAAGAUGUCGCAUUUGCAGGCGUUUACCCAUACGCUGGUACGGUUCAGCGAUAUAAGGUGCAUCCUGCGAAGUGGCUCUACAAGCUCCCAGACAACAUCACCUGGGCCGAGGCCGCUCUGCUUGAGCCCUUAAGUGUAGUGCUUCACGGCGUGAAAACUGGUGGACUGAGUCUUGGAAAGCCGGCCCUCAUCUGCGGAGCUGGACCAAUUGGAUUAAUUGCGCUUGCUGCGGCGAGAGCAUCCGGUGCACACCCGAUCGUCAUCACAGAUCUUGAGCCGAAGCGACUGGCAUUUGCGAGAGACUUCGUCCCAGGGUGCAUCACGUACCAAGUCGACCGCACUUUAUCUUCAGAAGAGAACGCACAGGCUGUCAGACUUCUAUACGGCAACACUGAGUACUCAGCGCCGUCAACAGUGUUGGAAUGCACUGGAGUGGAGAGCAGUAUAAUACUCGGAACAUUCGCUGUGAGAAGAGGUGGUGUUGUCUGUGUAAUUGGAGUCGGUAGGCCAGUGAUGAACAACCUACCAUUCAUGCACAUCUCACUGGCUGAGAUUGACCUUAGAUUCAUCAAUCGAUACCGCGACACAUGGCCCGCGGGUAUUAACUGCUUGAGUGGCGGCAUUUUGGACCUGAAGAAGUUGGUCACGCACGAGUACCCGCUGGAAGAUGCUCUUGAAGCUAUGAAUCUGUGCUCAGAUCUUUCGAAGGGAAGCAUCAAGGUUCAAAUAGUGGACAAUGUAGAUGCUGAGAUCGUUUCAUGA